AUGGUCGACGGCGAGCCUGAACUUAGACUGCAGAAUGCCCUGGCAAAUAGCCUGUCCCUCUAUCUACGGGCGCAUAAAGAUAAUCCCGUAGCCUGGCAAGAAUGGUCCCCGAAAACGCUAUCUCUCGCCAAGCGCUACCAGCGGCUUAUAUUCUUGAGUAUCGGCUACAAUGCAUGCCAUUGGUGUCACGUGAUGGAACGAGAGUCAUUUAGCUCUCCUGAGGUGGCUGAGAUUCUCAACAACUUCUUCAUUCCAAUCAAGCUAGAUCGGGAAUUGCGGCCGGAUCUAGACGACAUUUAUAUGAGUUAUGUCACAGCCACGACAGGUUCGGGCGGAUGGCCUUUAAAUGUCUUCCUGACACCAGAUCUCAAACCUGUCUUUGGCGGCACAUACUGGCCCGGGCCCGCCCCUACCACCAAUCUCAUGCCUGCCACUCCUCAUGACGAGGCUCCGGUCACAUUCGUCGGGAUCUUGAAGAAGAUGAAGGAGGUCUGGACCACACAGCGCGACAGAUGUCUCCAAUCAUCUUCGGAAAUUACGGACCAAUUACUGGCCUUUGCCGGUGAAGGCAUCCAUUCCCAUUCGAACAGCCAGGCUCGGGAAGCUGAACCUAGUGCGUCGGAUCCGCCCGAGCCACUGGACCUGGAUCUGCUGGACGACGCCCUGAGCCAUUUCAUCUCUCGCUACGACUCAACGCACGGGGGAUUUAGCCCAAGUCCGACAGCACCCAAGUUCCCGACGCCAUCAAACCUCACAUUUCUGCUUCGAAUCGGCGCAGCCAUCGCUCUACCUUCCACUCAUACGCGUUUCGGCUUCUUCAGUCCUGUCCCCGGAAUCCUAGGGAGAGAAUCUUGCCUCACCGCUGCGAGGAUGUCUUUACAUACUCUUCUUGCCAUGUCCAGGUCCGGGCUGAGGGAUCAAUUGGGCUAUGGCUUCCACCGGUACAGCGUCACGGCCGACUGGAAUCUUCCGCAUUUUGAGAAGAUGAUGUGCGACAAUGCCCAGUUGCUCGGCUGCUACUGCGAUGCCUGGGCGCUGGGCAGGGAUCCGGAGAUUUUGGGCACGAUCUACAACCUAGUCGAGUAUUUUACGAACCCUGAAUCCCCGAUUGUCCACCCAGAGGGUGGCUGGUACUCGAGCGAAGACGCAGACUCGCGCACCACCCUUUCAACCAUGAGCAAUGGAGCAAUGUCGGACGACAAGAAGGAAGGCGCUUUCUACGUGUGGACAUACAAAGAGUUCCAGUCCAUCCUCGGUGAACGGGACGCAGCCAUCCUGGCUCGCCACUUUGGCGUCAAACCGGAUGGCAACGUCCCCGCCCAGCAUGACAUGCAUGACGAAUUUCUGACCCAGAACGUGCUACACAUCCAUGCCACACCCUCCAUACUAGCAAAAGAGUUCGGUAUCCCGGAAGAAGAGAUCGUCCGCACCGUCAAGUCUGGUCGUGCAAAGCUACGCGAGCACCGUAAGACGAAACGCGAAAAGCCCGAGGUGGACACCAAAAUCGUUGCCGCGUGGAACGGACUUGCCAUCACGGCCCUCGCUCGUGCGGCAAAUACUCUUGCGACGAUCGACAAACACCGCGCCACAAGAUGUCAGGAAGCCGCUGAAAGGGCGGCAGCAUUCAUCCGAAAAGGCAUGUAUGACGAAUCUGCCGGGAAGCUGGUACGGAUGGCAGGUCCACCAGCCUCUCAGCUAAGUCCAGAUGCCGAUGACACCGCCAACAAAGCCUUUGUCGACGACUACGCGUACCUCGCCCUCGCAAAUCUCGCCCUCUACGAUCUCACCCUUUCCCAACCGUAUCUCGAUUGGGCUACUCGACUGCAAUCCUACUUGGAUGAACACUUCAUUGCCAACACCACUGGCGGAUACUUCCAAUGCCCCAUCCCCAGUGAUUCCUCUCCGUCUGAGCAAAUCAUCCGCCUCAAGCCCGGGACGGACAAUGCCCUCCCGUCACCCAAUGGCGUCAUCUGCACAAACCUGCUGUACCUUUCUUCUUACAUUCAAUCGCAACACCCUUCCCGAUUACAAUCCGAAUCAGCCACCUACCUAUCCAAAGCCCGCGCGAUAUUAGACGCCUUCGCCGUGGAAAUCAUCCAACAUCCUUUCCUCUACGUCACGCUCCUGGGCGCAACGGUCAUGGAACAAGUCGGCGUGAAAACAAUCAUUGCGCCCAUGACGGCAAAGGAGAGCGAGCUGCGGAGAGUGAAGGGGUGGGGGCGAACCGUUGUCCGGGGCAUCGUCUCAGAGGUAAUGAUCUGUACGAAAGAGGGAGGGUGCCGAGCACUGAGGAGAGAGGACCUGGAGGAUGUUGAUGACUUGGAUGCUGAGGCUGAGGAGGAGAAAAGCAAGGCGCUUGGGAAAGUAGACAGCGUGUCUUCGGUGGUGGAAUUGAGGAAGGCUCCUGUUGUUCCGGCUUCGGCGUGA